ACUGCUUUCUCAUUUACAAUAGAUUACAUAGAUCCUUUACACACAGACAGAGCAUCUCCCAUGAAUGCUCGAACCUAUUUUUUCGCUAGAUCUUGCCGUGUAAGCAGUUGACAUUGCUAUAAUAUCCGUAUCAGUCCAGUGAAUAUUCCCCGUAUUUUGUGGCAGCUCUGCCUCUGCAGCCAAGCCUUCCCUGAUCCAACACUGCUAUAUAUUCAGGUGCUCAAGGGCCAUUACCAUCAGAUUCUGUGUGCUUUGCAUUUGGAAUUGAGUUCUAGGCCUAGCCCGUGAUCGGAUUCGAUAUGGGUGGAGUUGGGUUGUUUUCGCUUCCUUCUUCUUCUUCUUCUCCUCCUCGUUUGUCCUCCUCUGUUUCGCUCUGUGGGGCGGUCGUUGCUGUGGUUCUGGUUCUGAUAUCGAAUGGGCCGGCGGUGUGUGAUGGGGGGAAGACGAGCACUUUCGUGAGGAAAGUGGAGAAGACUAUCGAUAUGCCUCUCGACAGCGACGUGUUUCGAGUCCCUCCCGGUUAUAAUGCUCCUCAACAGGUGCACAUCACGCAAGGAGAUCUCGUAGGUAAGGCAGUCAUCGUGUCGUGGGUGACAGCACAAGAACCCGGUUCCAGCGUAGUGCUUUACUGGAGCAAUAAUAGCAAGCAGAAGAAAGUGGCUAAAGGCAAAUUUCAGACUUACAAGUUCUACAACUACACCUCUGGUUACAUUCACCACUGCACGAUCCGCAAUUUGGAGUUCAACACUAAGUACUAUUAUGUGGUUGGCCUUGGACACACUAUCCGGAAGUUUUGGUUUAUGACCCCGCCAGCAGUUGGCCCCGAUGUUCCAUAUACUUUUGGUCUCAUAGGGGACUUGGGCCAGAGCUUCGAUUCGAACAAGACGCUUACACAUUACGAGCGGAACCCACGGAAAGGCCAGACACUUUUGUUCAUGGGUGACCUGUCUUAUGCAGAUAACUACCCGAACCAUGACAAUGUUAGAUGGGAUACCUGGGGAAGGUUUAUUGAGAGGAGCGCCGCAUAUCAGCCUUGGAUAUGGACAGCCGGCAAUCACGAGCUCGACUUUGCCCCUCAGAUCGGCGAAACGAAACCUUUCAAGCCUUACACAAACAGAUAUCACGUUCCUUACAAAGCAUCUAACAGCACUUCUCCUUUCUGGUACUCGAUCAAGAGAGCUUCGGCGUACAUCAUAGUCUUAGCCUCAUACUCAGCAUACGGUAAAUAUACACCACAGUACAAGUGGCUCGAGGAGGAGUUUCCGAAAGUGAACCGGACCGAGACACCAUGGCUUAUUGUGAUAAUGCACUCCCCGUGGUACAACAGCUACAACUACCACUACAUGGAAGGGGAAACCAUGAGAGUCAUGUUUGAGCCUUGGUUCGUGCAGUACAAGGUCGAUGUGGUCUUUGCCGGUCAUGUCCAUGCAUAUGAACGAUCUGAACGCGUAUCGAACAUAGCAUACAAUAUCGUGAACGGGCAAUGCACUCCGGUAAAUGACCAAUCCGCCCCUGUGUAUAUUACCAUCGGCGAUGGAGGGAACCUUGAAGGUUUGGCCAACAACAUGACAGAGCCACAGCCCUCGUACUCGGCUUAUAGGGAAGCGAGUUUCGGCCAUGCGAUUUUCGAUAUCAAGAACCGAACCCACGCCUAUUACAGCUGGCACCGCAACCAGGACGGGUAUGCGGUGGAAGCAGAUUCACUCUGGUUUUACAACCGGUACUGGCACCCUGUGGAUGAUUCUACUAGUGUCUAGGCCUUCUAUCGCAUGGUCGAUUUUCUCUUUUGUUUUCUUUAUAGAUGUGAAUAAACAUUUCUCAUUGUUGCCCAAAUGUGAAUAAACAUUUCUCAUUCUUGGUUUCA